GGAGAAGUGAAGUAAACGAGUGAAGAAGUGAAGUGAACGAGUGGAGCAGAGCUACGGAACAUAAUACAAUCCGGAGAAUUAAUAACGCAUAUGUGACUAAACAACAUUUAAUUCUUCAGUCGAGUUUAUUACUUCAUCUGAAGCUUCCCUACUACUAAGACUAAAAGAAAGAUGUGAAUGGCCCAAUGUUUCUCAUAUGAAGCUGUUAUACAGAGAGUCUCUACACAGCGCAUGUCGAGAUGAAGGCGUCAAUAAGAAAUGGAGAAUCAACACAGAGAGAAACCAGAAGACUCAGGAAGUUACUGAGGGAAGUUUAGUGGUUUCUUGCGUCACAGACAGUUUGCUGCUCUGAAGCUUCAGCCGGUGCAAAGAGAAGAUAUAUGUCUAUAUCUUAUUUCACCCUGGACAACAUCCAUUGAUCCAAACAGUGAUGCACAAUGUAAUCCGUUACAGAAACAAAUCCAAUCAGAGUUUCUGAAACAGCUGCGUGUUAAAUCUGAGUUAAACUGAAACUAAACCAUCAGCUAUUGUGCAGUAGCAUCAUGUGGGGUUUAAGAUCGGCAGUUCGUACAAAUGUUCAUUAAAGCAGGUCACACUUAUACACAAACACAGUAGACCUGCAUGUUUGAAGGGUGGUAAAGAGAAAGAAACCAUGAGACGGGGCCGGAAAAAAGGAGGAAACAAGGAUAAGGUGUUCGGAUGUGAUCUGCAAGAGCAUCUGCAAGCCACUGCACAAGAAAUUCCUCAAGUGUUACGUAGCUGCAGUGAAUUUAUUGAGGAAUAUGGAGUCGUUGAUGGAAUCUACAGACUGUCGGGAGUCUCAUCCAACACACAGAAAUUGAGGAGUGAGUUUGACACUGAAGGACAUCCUGACCUGUAUAAAGAUGUUUAUCUACAAGAUAUUCACUGUGUCAGUUCUUUAUGUAAAGCAUAUUUCAGAGAGCUGCCCAACCCUCUGCUCACAUAUGAACUCUAUGACCGUUUCGCUGAUGCAGUGGCUAUUCAACUGGAGGACGAGCGGCUGGUCAAGAUUAAAGAGGUUCUGAAGGAUUUACCUACACCUCACUACAGAACUCUGGAAUAUUUGAUGCGACAUCUAGUCAAGAUGUCCGGAUUCGCAUCUCAGACCAACAUGCAUUCCAGAAACCUGGCCAUCGUCUGGGCUCCAAACCUUCUCAGGUCAAAAGACAUUGAGUCGACCGGUUUUAAUGGUACCGCAGCAUUCAUGGAGGUGCGAGUUCAGUCUAUUGUAGUGGAGUUUAUUCUCACACAUGUGAAGGAGCUUUUCUUUGGUUCAGGAUUGGCCACGGAGCGUCGGAAGUCCCUCCCCUCACCUUCAAUACUUUCCAAUCAGGACGAUCAUUUCUUCAAGUCGCUGCCCCUACACUGUUCGGGAAACUUGAGUCCUGGAGAUGGACCGCCACUCAUGCGGCCGUACCACGCUAUUAUUGAUGGCACUGACAAGAGAAAAGGCUCACUCAAGGGAAGAAAGUGGAAGUCCAUCUUUAAUUUGGGUGGGAGACUUCAAGAUCCACGCAAGAAGAACAAAUACUGCCCCAAAGAGAAAGAGACAACAUCUCUAAGACCUGCCAAAAGUAUGGACUCUCUGAGCUCAGGGCCUUUUGCGGUGGAAGAUGCAAGGCAUCCUCCAGCUCGGGUCCUGACCUCGGGUCACUCAGAUGCCGGGGCUCCUGUUGGUGGAGGCGUGUCUAGUGGAUAUGCAGUGACGUACAGACGCACGGGCGGGGCACAGGUGAGCAUGGUGAGCAGUGGGACUCCGGGCACUUACAACCGCCUGGAUUCAGCGGGUGGAGCCGCUGGAGCAGAACGCUCCUCGCCGGGUGUGUCCAGGUCACCGGGAAUGAACAAUAAAGCAGACCGUCGCGCCGGGAUCCACAUAUCCGGGCCUUUUUCAGUGACUGUUCCUCUUCACAUAACGUCUGGGUUGGCUCUGGGUGUGCUGCACGGGGGCUUGUCCGAAAAGGAACAAACCGCUCAGGAAGACGCUGAUAAAGAACAACUUGGAGCGGAGGAGGAUGAGGCCAUGUGGCAGGACGUCAAGGGUGCAGAGUCGCUGUCCACUGAUGCGAGCAAAACCGAUAACAAUGAUGUUAAAGAGAACAGAGGAGACAUGCAAGGUCAAGGGGAUUGUGGGAGGACGACAAUGCAGAUUAUAAAGGAGAAGGACACACUGGAUGAGGCAGGUGCACCAGGCGCUAAAGAAGCAGUGAGGGCAGAUAUGAACCAGGAUCAGGAGACUACAAAGGAAAAAACAACACCUCUGUUAUCACAGACGUCCGCAGAGGAGGAAUACAUGGAUAUGAGAGGACACCUCCAUCAAAAUCAGAUCAUAUCUGUAGAUCUGACAGAGACUGAUGAGUUUUCUGAGCAGGAUGUUCAAGAAGCCUUUGGGUUUUUGGAUUUGAUGGACAGCUGUGCUUCAAAGAUGGAGUUUUCAGUCGAGCCGCCCUGUUUUGAAGAGGAGGAAGAGGAGGUUGAAGACACAAACAAUCAAGCUGUUUCCAGCUCAGUGCAGGAGAGCAGGGAUGACAUCAGCAUAUCUCCAUUCACACACAAGCCCCUCCCCAUUCCUGGAAAAUCACACAGCUUACCUUAUAAGUCCCACCCCUUCAUGCCUGCCCUGUCAUUAUCAUCUGAUGAUGAUUACAGCCUUGAGGAAGAUGAUGAUGAUGAUGACUCUGAUAAAGGUUCUGAAUACGAGGACAUGUUUUGUCAAAGUGUCCCGUCCAGUGUUCUUUUUUAUGGAUUAGGUGUACAAACCGCUACCUGUGACAUAGAUGCUGUCUCCGACAACCAAUCGAAAUGCUUAGAUGAAUCGCAGAUAAUACUUCCUCAGAAGGGCGGUGAAGAUCUCCAAUCCAUUAGCCAUUUAGAAGACACGACUCUUACAGUUGCUACAUCGAUAGAGGACAGUGGAACAGCAGGUGGCGCCUCAGAUCAGUGUUUUAUUGAUGAACAUCUUAGUGAAGAUUCAAAGUUGGAGGAUCUUUAUAUAGAUAACAAGAAUGAAGAAAGCAAAUCAGAUGAAGUGAAAAAUGACACGCACACAAUGAUUGGAGAAGAUUGCCUUGAGAGUACAGACAGCGAAGAGGACACAUAUUUCGGUCCAGACCCCGUACCCCUUUCAUUGGAACCCAUCCAGGCCGAGAUGACCAACGUCAGCGCCCAUGAGCCUGAUCAAGGACAGUUUCCAGGUGUAGAGGUUCAGCAGGUGCUGCAUACUGAAGCUUACACAGCGAUUGAGAUCACUGUCACUGAUUAUGUCACUGAUGAUGUCACCGAUGAUGUCACCAAUUCUGUCACCAAUGAUGCCACUGAUGACGUCACAGAUGACGCCACAGAUGGUGUCACCGAUGAUGCCACAGAUGGUGUCACCGAUGAUGCCACUGAUGACGUCACAGAUGAUGCCGCUGAUGGUGUCACCGAUGAUGCCACAGAUGGUGUCACCGAUGAUGCCACAGAUGGUGUCACCGAUGAUGUCACCGAUGAUGUCACAGAUGAUGUCACCAAUGAUGAUGUCACAGAUAAUGUUAUCGAUGACGUCACAGAUAAUGUUACUGAUGACGUCACAGAUGAGGCCACUGCCACAGACUCCACCUCACUGGCUGCUCAAGAUGAAGUGAAGAUCGAUCAACCACCAGAGGAAGAAAACGUGAUUUUUCAUGAAAGAAAAAUAACUGAGGAUGAGGAGAGAACGAAGGAACCAAAAGAAGAUGAAACAGAAGAUGAAGAGAAAAGCGAAGGAACACUGGAGGUUGUGGAGAAUUUAUUAGAGAUAAAAACUCCUGAUGAGAAAUUGGAGGAUAAUGAAGAGAAUCCUGUAGAAGUAGUUCAAGAGACAGAAGAGUGUUUGAAUGACAUCACUGAAACAGUUGAAGAUGUAGAAGAUGAAGUAGAACGUGAGGAGGUAGAGGAACAAGCACACACACAUAAUGAAGGAGCCAACAUGGAGAACACUUCAGAGGAAAUCGAUAUCAAAACAGAAAGGGAUGAAAGAAACAUUGAGGGUCCUGAUGAAGAGUUAGAUGUAAAUACAGAUGGCGAUUUCGAUGAGGGAAAUCUUCCUCAUGAAGACAUAACUGAGGAGAUAGCUGAAGGAACUUCAUGUAGAGAUGACCACGAACAGACUGCAGCUGUGCCUCAACCAAAUGAGGUAUCAUCUGAAAAAUCAGAGGAAGGUGAGAUGGAGAAACAGGUGAAUGAAGAAUCAUCUGUCAUCUCAGAUGAGGAACUGCCACAGACAGCUGAACAUCAUCCUAUUCCAGAGAAAGAGAGUGAAAUAACCGCUUCUAACCAAGCAUCCAGUCAGAUACAGAGAUCAGUACCUGUCGUCCCACCCAAACCUCAAAACUCCAAACUAACAGCUCUCACGCUCAGAAAACAGUUUAAGGACAGAGACACAGAAAGGCAGCACAGACACUCGGAGCUCAUGGAAACAGACGGGCAACAUGACGACAAAGGACAACAACAGCACAACUGUGUUAAACAAGAAGAAAGUGAGGAACAACACAGUGGAAAAGAGCACAGAGAUCAAUGCUCUGACAGAGAGACAGAACACAGCCAACAGCACAGAGUCACAGAGCAAACGGACACGGGAACGGUAGAAAACGGUAAAAAAUCGCCAACCGAUGUGGCUGGAAUAAGUCAGGAAGAUGGGAAAAAGGCUCUGAGAGAAGGUCUGGGUACUGGGGAUGCUGGGACAGAUUUCAGAAAAGAUCUUCACAGAGAAGGAGAGAGAGAGGUGAAGAGGAACAGCGGUAUUAGCAUCUGUUUCGAUGAAGCCGUCGCUCGAGCCACAGUGAAGAGGAACAAAGACAGAGAGAGUUCAGACCGACUGUCAGGAGCUCAGUGGGAGAGAGACAGCAGGAAAGAGAGAGAGAAACAAAGAGAGAAAGAUGAAGAGGGCAAAACUGACUAACAGCAUUCAAAUCAAGAAAUUUAAAGGAAAUAUGAGAAAUAUUAUGUGCAAAAACAUUUCACACAACCUUUUUUUAAUAUUCUACUUACUUUUAAAUAUACAAGUUUUCUCACAAAUGUUUUUAUAUGGGAAUAAAGCAGUUGUAUAGUUCAUAUGAUUUGUACCUUAUAGUCUUGUUUUAAAAAAUAAACCUGUUGUUUACCAGUCAGACACAUUUAAGUAUGAUUUUAAAUGUGUUUUCUCACAGAGAAAUUUGAUGUUAAGUCAAAUUUGAAUGAUAAAAAAGUUAUCAAAAUCUUAGAAAACAGGCAGGAUUAUCUGCUCUCUAUUGUUGGGGGCGUGUCCACUGUCUGAGCUCAAACCACGCCCACCCGCUGAAAAGCCGCCAUCUCGUUCAAUUUUUUAAAUACCGCUGCAACCUGAAUGGAUUCUCACAAUUGUGUUAGGGGUGUAUAUAAAAAUCCUGAACACUGUUUUACUGUGUAACUCCAGAAUUCAGUACUACACCGUUCACAAUAAUGUGUUUAGAAACAAUUCUCUGAAAUGACUUUACACAGACUUUAAUGAAUUGGUAUCGGUGUUCAUUUCAGACAGAUAGUCAGGAGUGUGAUGGUUUCAUGUUUUGUGUUCAGUGUUCUUUCGGUUCAAAGUGACACAACACAGGAAACAAAUGAACACAAGCCUCGGUAGAGACCAAAUUGUAUCAAUAAAUGUAUGAAAAUCUUAUCAACAAGCAUUCGACGCACAUCUUUUGUCAAUUAAAUAAAUAACUAUUUCAUGUA